AUGGAGAACGCCGCUCCAGCAGCUGCCGCGGUUUCAGUGAAGCUUCCAGAAUUCUGGAAGUCCGACCCGGUAAUGUGGUUUGCCCAAGCCGAUGCCCAGUUCACCCUCGCUGGAAUUCAGAACGACCAAACUCAAUUUUUUCACAUCCUUGCCAAAGUGGAUCAGACGGUAUUGCGUCAUAUUUUAAAUCUCGUUGCACAGCCGCCAAACGAAAACAAAUACAAAGCAAUCAAAGACCGAAUAAUUUCCAGAUUUGAGCUAUCGAUGCAGGUUAAGCUGGAAAAACUGUUAGGCUCUUGUGAUAUGGGUGAUAUGCGGCCAACCCACUUGCUUGCAAAAAUGCAGGAACUCGCUAUUGGAUUAAACGUUAACGAAGAGCUGUUGAAAUGUAUUUUUACAGCGUAUGCCUCCAAGCGUGAAAGCUGUGAAAGCUGA